AUUCCCUCAUGUCCAGGACAAUCUUCCUCUCUAUUAUCCCCAGUCCCACCAAUUUCUCCAACUUCUCUACCAAGCGAAAUCCAUCAUAUUUCCAGCAAAUACCCAGAUUAAUUAAUUACCCUCGUCAACCUCCUGCUUCUUUGAGUUCUUUCUCCAUGGCCCAAGACAUGAAUCACCAAAACCAUAGCCCUGAAGUCAAAGAACCCACUCCAAAAGUCCAGAAACUCGACCGUGAAAAUUGUUCAAUCCAACAGGCACCCCCUUUUUUUCUAGUCAAACGGCUGUCUGAUAAUGCAAUCUUGCCCUCUAGGGGUUCUCCCCUUUCCGCUGGCUAUGAUCUCUCCAGCGCUGCUGAAACAAAGGUGCCGGCCCGAGGCAAGGCUUUGAUUCCUACUGAUUUGAGCAUCGCCGUUCCUCAAGGAACCUACGCCCGUAUUGCCCCGCGGUCGGGAUUGACGUGGAAGAAUUCAAUAGAUGUUGGGGCUGGAGUGAUCGAUGCGGACUACCGGGGUCCAGUUGGGGUGAUUUUGUUCAACCAUUCUGACGUUGAUUUCGAAGUCAAGCCCGGUGACAGAAUUGCGCAGCUGAUUGUUCAGAAAAUUGUGACUCCGGAGGUGGAGGAGGUCGAUGAUCUGGAUGCAACCGUCAGAGGAUCUGGUGGCUUUGGAUCUACCGGAGUUUAAACUUUAAAGCCCCUGUGGAUCUAGAUAGAACUGAAUUUAUUUUUCUAGUUCAUUUCGUAGCAGUGCUAAAAUUCAGUAGCCCUGUACUUUGUUAAUGGAUGGUCGGUUCUGUUUUUGGGUAUUUGAGGGCAGAAUCCAUAUGGGUUAGGCUGGAACUUGUAUCAAAAUCGAGCGCAAUCCUACGAACAACAAAGGUCAUGCUUGAUGUAGUUCCAGAAAAUUUGCCCAGAAUUUACCAAUUCUUAACAUUGAUAUGUUUUCAUUGAUGGCUAUUGUAAAUGCACCAGUUUUUCCUUUUCCAAA